CAGAGGCCCAGAAGUACAACACGCUUCAGCCGGAGAGGGAAAGAAUUUUUUUUUUUUAAAUUUUACUUUGUUUAUUUCCUCCUUCGAAUUGAAGAAAAAAGAAAAUUCUCCACUUGAAUAAAAAUCCUCACACUUAAAAUCCCAAACCAUUAAUUAGAAGCACAAACUACUAAUUAUUUUUGGUUACAUUAAGAUUCACUAGCUUUUGAUAAUCUCACCGGCAACAGCAGAGAAAAUGAGUCGAUAUGAUAACCGCUCCGGCGAUCCCACCUCCUAUCGCCACCGUAGUAGUGACUCAGGUUUUGGUGGGUCUUCAGCAUUUGGUGGUUCAGUGCGGUCCUCAUCAAGCAGAAGGGAUUAUGAUAGUGCUGAACCCCUUAGGAAGUUGGAUUUGGAUGGGUUGACUCCUUUUGAGAAGAAUUUGUAUGUUGAGUCACUAUUGGUGGGGGCAAUGUCGGAGAUGGAGGUGGAGGAGUAUAGGCAGCAGAAGGAAAUUACUGUUGAAGGUCGCGAUGUUCCAAAGCCUGUGAAGAGUUUCCGCGACGUGGGAUUUCCAGACUAUGUAUUGCAAGAAAUCACAAAAGCUGGCUUUGUUGAACCAACAGCCAUCCAAGCUCAAGGCUGGCCAAUGGCUUUGAAGGGCCGUGAUCUCAUAGGUAUUGCUGAAACUGGAUCAGGAAAGACUCUUGCCUAUUUAUUGCCUGCAAUUGUCCAUGUCAAUGCACAGCCAAUUUUAGCUCCUGGAGAUGGCCCAAUUGUACUAGUAUUAGCUCCAACACGUGAACUUGCAGUUCAAAUACAACAAGAGGCUGCCAAGUUUGGUGCGUCAUCGAGGAUCAAGAAUACGUGCAUAUAUGGUGGGGUUCCAAAGGGACCUCAAGUGCGUGAUCUCCAGAAAGGUGUUGAGAUUGUUAUUGCUACACCAGGGAGGUUAAUAGAUAUGUUGGAGUCACAUCACACAAAUUUGCGAAGAGUUACUUAUUUGGUCUUGGAUGAGGCAGAUCGGAUGUUAGAUAUGGGGUUUGAGCCUCAGAUACAAAAAAUUGUAUCUCAGAUUCGUCCUGACCGUCAAACUUUGUAUUGGAGUGCAACUUGGCCAAAAGAGGUCGAGCUGUUGGCAAGGCAGUUUCUUUACAACCCAUACAAAGUGAUAAUUGGAUCUGCGGAUUUGAAAGCUAACCAUGCGAUUCGCCAACAUGUAGACAUUGUUACAGAGAGUCAGAAAUAUAACAAAUUGGUGAAGCUGCUGGAGGAUAUCAUGGAUGGCAGCAGAAUUUUGAUUUUCAUGGAUACUAAGAAAGGUUGUGACCAGAUUACCAGGCAACUUCGCAUGGAUGGUUGGCCUGCUCUUUCAAUUCACGGAGAUAAAAGUCAAGCAGAAAGGGAUUGGGUCCUCUCAGAGUUUAAAGCUGGCAAGAGCCCUAUAAUGACUGCAACAGAUGUUGCAGCUCGUGGUUUAGAUGUGAAAGAUGUGAAAUAUGUAAUCAAUUAUGACUUCCCGGGAUCCCUUGAGGAUUAUGUCCAUCGCAUUGGUCGAACAGGUAGGGCUGGCGCAAAAGGCACUGCCUAUACAUUCUUCACAGCUGCAAAUGCCAGAUUUGCAAAAGAACUUAUUGCCAUACUUGAGGAAGCUGGACAAAAGAUCAGUCCUGAAUUGGCAGCGAUGGGACGUGGUGCACCUCCUCCACCAUCAGGUCACGGCGGUUUUCGAGACCGUGGUAGGGGUUAUGGUGGUGGUCGCUCAUGGAGCUGAUUACUGAAAAGAUCCCCAGAAGGGGAAAAUUGUAAGACUAUGAGGGUACAGUGUAGUGUAGACAUACUUUGUUUGACUGUCACUACUAUUUUUCUGGGUUCAACUCUCUUUAACUUAUAGGACUAGCAGGAAGAGCAAGCAUAGACGGAAACUUGUAAAUUAAUUUUGUACUUACUUUCUGAUAAUCCAUUUUUCCCCCCAUUUAAGCAAA